UCCCCCUGCCGCCUCCCCGAUUGGCUAAAAGUGGGUCAGGCUCCUCCCACCCUCCGGCUUCCUAUUGGCCAAAUCUAGGUCAGUGCUCCCCUCCCCCCGCCCAUCGCCUCCCCCCCCCAUGGCCCGGACACAUGACCGGGCCGGGCGCACGAGUCUGGGCCUUGGCAAACAUUCCCAGCCCGCCGAUUGGCUCGGCCGGAGGCAGCUCGGGUUCAGGCCCCGCCCACUUCUUCAAGCCCCGCCCCGUUUUCCCAAAGCAGGGAGUCGGGCAAAAAAAGAGAUUAAAAAAAAAAACCACCCAGCAGCCACCGACAGCUGCGAGGCGCUGGCGGAGAUCGGGGGGCCGCUGAGCUGGGAUCGGGGGGGCCAAACUUCCCAGCAACGCUGCACCCCAAAACCUUGGGGGUGCUCCCAACAGGAGAGGCCGGGGUGCUGGGGGGAAGAAGGAAUCUCUGGCUCCUGCCCUGCGGACCCCCCGCCCCCCGGGCCACUGUGACACUGGCAGGCGUGAGAAGUUUUUUUGCUGCGGCAGAGAAGUCGGUGCCGGGGAGCUGCCCGGCUAAGGGGGGAGCCGGCUGUUUUGGGGAGCUGGGAUUUUUUUUCUCAGGGUCUCCACAGCAGGGAUCUGCUGGAGCGUGUUGCCAGACCAGAUCCUUUCAGCUGCGAGGGAUCAGCUGGGAAGCUCUCCUCGCCCUUGGGAUCCCCAGCUCCUGUGGGCACAGCGGGGAUCCCUGACGGGCCAUGGCCAGGCCAGCUGCCCAGCUGGGCGCCACAGAGCGGCUGCCGAACCCUUUGCUCUCCUCCCCACCGCUGGGGGUGCCCGGGGCCGGCAUGGUCAGCCUGAAGAGCCUCCUGCAGGGGCCCAUCAAGAGCCCGGAGCGCAGGCCCAAGGACCUGACCACCUGCCUGGCCAAGGAGAAGGAGCGGAAGAUGGAGGAAGAGCUGGGGGGCGCGCGGGCGGGACAGUGUGCCUACCUGGGCUCCCUGCUGUGGGAGCGCACCCUGCCCUACAGCGAGAUCGAGUACGUGGACCUGGACGAGUUCCUGCUGGAGAACGGGCUCCCCCCCAGCCCGGCCCAGCCGCCCUUCUCCCCGGCCAGCCAGGCCACCAGCUCGCCCUCCAGGGGCAUCGCCGUCGACCUCAGCCGCCCGGCCUCCUGCACCUCCUCUGCCUGCUCCUCGCCCGCCGAGUGCCCGGGCAGCAGCGACGGGGACCAGUGCUGUGCCCCUGCAGGUCCGGUGACCCCCGCCUCCCGGCACACGCCCAGCCCGGUGGACCCCGAGGCAGUGGAGGUGCUGAUGAACUUUGAUCCUGACCCCGCGGAUCUGGCACUAUCCAGCGUCCCGGGGCAUGAGACCUUCGACCCCCGGAAGCACCGGUUCUCAGAUGAGGAGCUCAAACCGCAGCCGAUCAUGAAAAAGGCGCGGAAAAUCCAAGUGCCAGACGAGCAAAAGGAUGAGAAGUACUGGAACCGGCGCUACAAGAACAAUGAGGCGGCCAAGCGCUCGCGGGACGCCCGGCGCCUCAAGGAGAACCAGAUCACGGUGCGGGCCGCCUUCCUGGAGAAGGAGAACGCCGUCCUGCGGCAGGAGGUGGCCAGCAUCCGCCAGGAGCUCUCCCGCUACCGCACCAUCCUCACCAAGUACGAGUCUCAGCACGGCACCUUGUAGGACGCCGGCCGCCUGCUCCGCCACACGCCCCGGCCCCCCCGCGGACGGUGGGGGGGGCUGCUUCCCCGCAGCAAGGGGGCGCCCUCUUUCCCCCUUCCCCCGCUCCUGGGCUCUCCCCGUGCGGGGGCGUUUGGGCUCCAGCCAGCUCCCGCGGGUGGAGGUGACUGUCCAGGACCAGGAGCAAGGAGAGACAUUGGCUUGGAACCGGACCCCGCUCCCCGUUCCCGGGCGGAAGUGGGGAGCCCGGCUGACUCUUUCCCGGGGAGCGGGCCGGAGUCGGGGGGGGGUCUGAACUGGUGAUGUGCCCCCCCCCCAGCCCUGCAGCAGGAUGAAGCAGGGGUUUGGACGGGUAUGCGCACACAUGCGCCCCGCCCCACUGAAUGGAAGAGGUGGGUGGGAGGCACAGAGCCAGUCGGUGGCAGGGUUAUCUGAUGAGGGGGGCUGGGAGCCAGGACUCCUGGGUUCUAUCCCCCACUCUGGGAGGGGAGUGGGGUCUAGUGGGUUAGAGUCGGGGGGUUGGCAGCCAGGACUCCUGGGUUCUGUCGCUGGCUCUGGGAGGGGAGCGGGGGCCAAUGGUUAGAGGAGGGGGCUCUGGCCUCCCAGUGCUGAGGGUAGAACCGAGGAGUCCUGACUCCCAACUCUUUACCCCCGGUGCUGGAAAAGAGACCAAGGGCUGUUACUUUGCCAGCUCUUGUGCGUCACCUAGUGGCGGCGAGUAGUAAUAGGAACCUGUGGCUUCUAUUAGUCACAGCCAGGGACUGAGUAGGGGGGGUGGGCUGGGGCUGGGACAGUCCUCUGGGGCCUGGGGGUCCUUCACCCUAGUGCCCCACACCCCCGCUCUCCCUUCUUGCUUCAAACUGCUUCUCAACCGUCAGAUUUCAGAGCAAGCAAGGCCAGUAACUUCGCUGGGGGGUUGGAAUCCCAGGACUCCUGGGUUCUCUCCCCAACUGUAGGAGGGGAGUGGGGUUAAGUGGUGGAGGUGCAGGGGGGAACCUCUGACCUCUCAGGGCAGGGAUAGAACCCAGGAGUCCUGACUCCCAGCUCUCCACUGUUCCAACUACCGGAGCUCCACCCCCCGCCGAUCCUGGGGAUCGAACCCAGGAGCCCUGGCUCCUGAGCUAACCACCAAACCCCACCCCCUGCCCAGAGCCAGGGAGGGAACCCAGGAGUCCUGGCUCCCAGCCCUGAUCCUUUAACCCUUUGCACUCUGAGCACUUUUGAGGCGCCGGUGUUGCUGGCAGGGGGGACGUGCGGCGCGUCCCCCCUGGAACACUCCAUGGGUUUGCACAGGGGCUCAGGGCAGGGUGGGGGGAGGGGAGAGUUCUUCUUAACUGUUAUUAUUAUUAUUCUAACGAUUCGCUCUAUAUUUUGUUAAGUGCGGCCGGCCUGUCUGGGCCCUGCGCCUCGUGGCUCCCGCCCGGCCUCUACCCAAGCCCCUUCCGCUCCCUCUCGCCGGCUAGCAUUUUCCAGGGGGUUUCUGUCUUUCCGGGUGUUUUUAUGAAGCCGGGGCCCCAGGCGCUGCCCCACGGACCCUGGGUGUUUACCGGCGCGCCAGAUCCUCGCCCGCGGGCUGCUUUUCUCGGGGAGCGGGCGAGGCAGCGUGACAGAGCCCCCCCGGCCGCUAGGCCAUUUGGGGGAGAAGACCGCCACCCGGCCCAGCCAGCGCCGCCCGUGGGAGAGCUCCGCUUUCGGAGCAGGGCUAGACGGCCAGCCAGAGGCGGCACUUCCAAAGCGGCACGUGAAUCUAUUUUUCCGGGGGGAGACAGACAGACAGACAGACACAGCUACUGCAGCUCAGCAGAAGAGAGAACUUUUCUGGGGGGAGAAGAACUAUUCCAGAGCAGCGCGGGAUCUGCGUGGGGGGGCAGUCGGCCGGCCGCAGCGAUCCCAGGCCGGCGCGCGACGCUGUUUUAUAUUUUUAUGGAGGGGAAGGAAACUUAUUUCAUACAGAAAGAAAAAAAAUAUAUAAGGGGGGUCUGAGAUGCAGGGCUCUGUUUCAAUGCCUGGUCGGGGGGAGGUUCUGGAUGGUUUAUUUUUUCCCUUGCCGAAUGCUCGAGGAGGAACGCAGAAGGGCAGCCGGCCGCGGCCGCCAGCUGGUGCCGAUUGUACCAGGGCAAUAAAAGAGCCGAGAAAGCGAUGAACAGA